AUGACAUUUUAUGCUCUCUGUUUUCAAAAGCUGCUGCUGGACUCUGUCCCUUCUCACAGUGCAGCAGUGUGACUGAGGAAAUGAAAGGUCUGGGGCAGCAAAAUGUAUAUUCUAGAAGGUAAUGACAGACGUGUGCAGUGGCUGCAUGGGAGUGAUGGUGAGAUCUGGGUCUGGAUUAUGGGAGACUCCCCAGGUGACAAGCCAUAUGAACAGAUUUCUGAAGAACUAAUGGCAGAACGAGCCAGGCAACAAGCACAGAAGGAGGCGGAAGAACUAUGGAAGCAAAAAGAGGCUGAAAUUACAAAGAAGUUCCGGGAUGCUAUGGCUAAGGAGAAAGCCAAAAUAGUGGCAGAAAAAUGGAAAUUAGAAACAGAAGAUCGAAAAGCAGCCAAACUGAUGGAGGAAAAAAUUCAGGAGGAAUUAAAGAAAAGAGAGGAAGAAGAGAGGCAGAGAGGUGAAGAACAGAUACGACAGCAAGAGGAACUUAGAGCAAAAGAGUUGUACUUGAGCCUCAAGCAAGCUCAACAGCACAGCCAACACAGUGAACACGAGGACCAGGAGUGGAAAGAACAGUUGCGCCGCUCAAAGGCUGCAGAUGAGGAAAGGAGCCACAAAGCACGCAGGGCCCGGGAUGAAUAUCGACGGCAAUCCUUACGAGCCAUCCAGAAAGGAAAAGUGGCUGGCUUGAGUAACCUGUUCAAGGGGACCAGCCUGAAUAAUGAGCCAGAGAUAAAGCUGAACAGCAACAAUCCUAGCCCACUAAUGACGCUCACUACAUCAGUCAGGAAAGCUUGGGAGCGUCCUUCUAGACCCAUUUCCAGAGAAAUCCUCAUUCGCUGGUUCAAGGAGGAGCAGCUUCCACGACAUGCUGGGUUUGAGAGGAACACCUGUGCUAUAGCGCCCUGGUUUCAUGGUAUUAUUAGCCGCCAGGAGGCAGAAGAGCUGCUAAUGAACAAGUCUGAAGGAGCAUUCCUGGUGCGGGUCAGUGAGAAAAUCUGGGGCUAUGCCUUGUCUUAUCGCCUACAGAGUGGGUUCAAACACUUUUUGGUGGAUGCUUCAGGGGAUUUCUACAGCUUCUUGGGCGUGGAUCCCAACCGGCAUGCGACACUCACGGAUCUUAUUGAUUUUCACAAGGAAGAAAUUAUCACAUCCUCAGGUGGGGAGUUACUACUGGAACCAUGUGGACAGAGGAAGAAUCCACCUGACUACAGUUCCUUAUUUGAAUGACUGUUUUCUGUCUUUAGGACUAGAAUGAAAACCCUAAAAUAGUAUGUUAAUUAUCAAAUCUUCAGUCACUAGCUGUUUGGCCAACAAACUGCCACCACUAACAGGUCCUAGAAGCAACCAUUUGAUACCUGAUUUGUGGUAAUUAUUUAUAUCACCAAGAGUUUAAAGAUAGGAGAAUACUGACUGACUACAGGUGAAGACAAUUCCCAGUAGUGCUUCUAAGAGAUGUGGUCAACUGGCACUGGCACUCAAGGUCAUUUUAAUUUUUCAGCUGAUGUCCAGGAUUGAAAAUGCUAACUGACAUGACUUUAAGAAGGAAGGUGAACUACUGUAUACAUUCAUAAGGCGUUGUAUGAAAUACUAAUACACCUCUACCCCGAUAUAAUGUGAUCGAAUAUAACAUGAAUUUGGAUAUAACGUGAUAAAGCAGCGCUCCGGGGGGGCAGGGCUGCGUGAUCCGGUGGAUCAAAGCAAGUUCAUUAUAGCGCAGUUUCACCUAUAAUGUGGUAAGAUUUUUUGGCUCCCAAGGACAGUGUUAUAUUGGGGUAGAGGUGUAUGUUGAAUCAGGUUCUUUCCUCUGACAUCAGAUUUGCUAGUUUCCAAUGACAAGCUCAUCAGUCAAUCUUGCAGUUUUGCAAAUGGUCUUUAAAAACUUGUGUAAUUUGUGAUAUCUUAUUGUUUACUGUCAAAUUCAGGCCUAUAAAGUGAAGUUUCUCUCAGAGUAGACAAUCCCCAUAAGACCCUGUGCACUAUUAAAGACUUUAUGGGUACAGCAGCAUUGGAAAGAUUUUCAACUGUUCUGUAGAAGAUGGUCAAUUAUUCUGCACCAUGUAGCUAAUCACUGUUUCCAACAGGAAAAAAAACCUACAAGAUUUAAAAGUUACAAAUCACGUUAUGUUGGGAAUGUAAUUUUGAAACUUGAAGUAGUGAAUUAAUUAAGGAUGGGGAAAUCACUCUGGAUAAAAUAUGAAGUGACCUGAAUCCUCACCCAAAACUCUAGCCAAUCCCUGACAUUUCUCUACUUUUAAUGAUGCCCAAGCCACAUCUUGCAGUUUCCUGGCUUCACGUUUUUAUAGUUCCAGACUCUCCCUUACCAGUUCUGCUUGCAAAGGAGUUAGACAGAUCCAUGUAUAAGGCAUGACGUAUUUAUUAGAUAUCGUGCCUGUUCACCUUUACAUAUGAGGCAGAGAGUUCUUAAAGCAUUUGUUACAGCCACAUACUAAACAUCAGAACAUAUCUAAAGAAACAGGUAUACCAAAGUGAGUAACAUAGGCUAGCUGCUUAGACUUACUUGGCUGAUAAGUUGGAGAUCAUUCCAUUAGACAAGUUAUGAAGUAUUUAGAAGAUUUUUAAAGAAGUCUCACUAGCCUUCUGGUUUGCUCCCAGGUCCCUUUGCAAGGAGAUGGCAGUUGGACUCAGCUGGGGUAUACAGUUGUUUCCCCUUUCAGUUCCUCAGAUCCUAUUCCUCCCUUCCCCAGGAGGGCAUCAUUUCAGAAUUGUCUGGCCACGUUGAAGGUUUGUUUACAAUAUGUAGCACAAUGUAUUUGAUCUGAGUCAUUCUCAGUGGAGGGACGUAACUGAAAUGGGCAUGUGACUCCUUAAGUGGGUAGUUUCUCCAUCCUUUUCAGAUACUUAAGACCCAUUUUGAAUACGGUAAUGAGAGACUUUGCCCACAGCUACAUCUCACAUCUCAUUUCCUCUGCCUGCUCCUUGAAAUUCUUCCCAGUACUCUCAACUCCAACCUUUGUGCCUCUCUCUCACUUUCAACUUUGUGCCUUACUUCAUGAUAUUCCCAUGCUUGGAACAGCCUCACAAUUCAUAUGUGCCACUCUCCCACAUCUCCUUAAAACCUUUUUCUUAUUGUUGAACCCCUUCCUCCUCAGAGGGUGACUCCAUUUGCUUGUGCCCUUGAAUGGGUAUCCUGUGUAUUGUAUCUGUCAGAAUUAGACUGUAAGCUGAUCUUCAGGGGAAGGGACCUUGUCCUUACAUGUUUGUUAAGCAUCAUGUACACUUAUGAUGUUACACACAUA